UGAGGCGCAGCGGCCGCGCCCCAGCAGCAUGACCUUCCUGCCCACCGCCCGGCCGCCGCACCCCGCCGACAGCCCUGGCUUCCUUCGGGGGGGCUCCCUGUGGGGCAGCCGCCGCUGGAACCUCUUCGGGGGCAGCGGCUGGAGCGGCUCCAGCCCCAGGAAGAACUUCAGCUCCCUGCGGAAAAGCUUCAGUUUCCGCCUGCGCCGGGGCCACGAGCUGCGGCGGUCGGAGUCUGGGGGGCUCCUGCGCCCCACGCGCCUCCGCACCAAGAGCGAGGGCGACGCCAGCUCCCUGCACACCUGCCCCAGCAAGCGGGACUUGCUGUACCCAGAGCUGACCAGGGUCGGGGGCCGGCUGCACACCGACCCCGUGCAGACAGGGGGACUCUGGAAACUCCUCACGAGUCGCUUCCGAAGGCGAGAGCGUGGCAGCACUGGCAGCGUGUGCCCCAAAGACCCCCAUGGCAGUGUUGAGCCUGUCCUCCUGGGUGGGGGUCCUCUGCGGGCUCUGGAUUCAUUUGUGAACAGCCAGGAAUGGACCCUGAGUCGCUCGGUACCUGAGCUGAAGGUGGGCAUCGUGGGGAACCUGUCCAGUGGCAAGUCUGCCCUGGUGCACCGCUACCUGACCGGCACCUACGUGCAGGAGGAGUCUCCAGAGGGUGGCCGCUUUAAGAAGGAGAUCGUGGUGGAUGGUCAGAGCUACUUGCUGCUGAUUCGAGAUGAAGGGGGCCCCCCUGAGCUCCAGUUUGCUGCCUGGGUGGAUGCAGUGGUGUUUGUCUUCAGCCUGGAGGAUGAGAUCAGCUUCCAGACCGUCUACAACUACUACCUGCGGCUCUGCAGCUACCGGAACACAGCGGAGGUGCCGAUGGUGCUGGUGGGCACGCAGGAUGCCAUCAGUGCCACCAACCCCCGCGUCAUCGACGACUCCCGGGCACGGAAGCUCUCCAAUGAUUUGAAGCGCUGCACUUACUACGAGACCUGUGCUACCUACGGCCUGAAUGUGGAGAGGGUCUUCCAGGACGUGGCUCAGAAGGUGGUGGCUCUCCGGAAGAAGCACCAGCUGUCCAUCGGCCCCUGCAAGUCCCUGCCCAACUCACCCAGCCACUCAUCUGUUUCCGCAGCCUCCAUUCCUUCUGUCCACAUCAACCAGGCCACCAACGGUGGAGGAGCCUUCAGUGACUACUCCUCCUCUGUGCCCUCCACCCCAAGCAUCAGCCAGCGGGAGCUGCGGAUUGAGACCAUCGCUGCCUCCAACACCCCCACCCCCAUCCGCAAGCAGUCCAAGCGGCGCUCCAACAUCUUCACGUCUCGGAAGGGCGCGGACCCGGAGCGCGACAAGAAGGUGCCGGAGUGUAAAGCGGACAGUAUUGGCAGCGGGCGGGCCAUUCCCAUGAAGCAGGGCAUUCUCCUCAAACGCAGUGGCAAGUCCCUCAACAAGGAGUGGAAGAAGAAGUAUGUGACACUGUGUGACAAUGGGGUCCUCACCUACCACCCCAGCCUGCACGAUUACAUGCAGAACGUCCACGGGAAGGAGAUUGAUCUGCUGAGAACUACGGUGAAGGUGCCGGGCAAGCGGCUCCCCAGGGCCACAGCAGCAGCAGCAGCAGCAGCAGCAGCGCCCAGCGCCAGCCCCAAAGCCAACGGGCUGGCCAAGGAGCGGAGCAGCUCGCAGCUGGCAGGAGGAACAGGUGCUCCCCACUCGACCAGCAGCACCUCCCUGCACUCCGAGCGCUCCAUCAGUGGCAUCAACCUUGUGGGCUUCAGCUCCAAGCCAGACGGGAUGCACCAGCGUUCCUACUCUGUCUCCAGUGCAGACCAGUGGAACGAGGCUGUGGCCAUCCCUGGCAGCUGCCCCAACCCCGCUAACGGUACUGCCGACUCACUCAGCUCCAGCCCAAACAUUUCCAGUGCUGCCAGCCCAAAGCUGGAACCGCCUCCGUCACCACAUGCCAACAGGAAAAAGCAUCGCAGGAAAAAGAGCACAGGGACAACUCGGCUUGAUGGCCCCAGCACGGCAGCAGAAGAACCAGAUGAGCCAUUUGAGUUCAUUAUCGUGUCACUGACGGGCCAGACAUGGCUCUUUGAAGCCUCAACAUCAGAGGAGCGGGAGCUCUGGGUGCAGGCCAUUGAGAGCCAGAUCCUGGCCAGCCUGCAGGGAUGUGAGAGCAGCAAAAACAAGGCUCGGCUGGGCAGCCAGGGCGAUGCACAGGCCAUGCAGGCCGUCCGUACCGCACGUGGGAACAGCUUCUGCGUGGACUGCGAUGCACCGAAUCCGGACUGGGCCAGUCUGAACCUGGGUGCUCUCAUGUGCAUCGAGUGCUCUGGGAUCCAUCGCAACCUGGGCACCCACCUGUCCCGUGUGCGCUCCCUGGACCUGGAUGACUGGCCUAGCGAGCUUCUUAUGGUCAUGACUGCCAUCGGCAACGCACUUGCAAACGCUGUCUGGGAGGGAAUGGUGGAGGGGUACCCCAAGCCCACGCCUGAGAGCAGUCGGGAGGAGAAGGAGCACUGGAUCCGGGCUAAGUAUGAGCAGAAGCUCUUUCUGGCCCCACUGCCCCAGUCUGACAUCCCCCUGGGGCAGCAGCUGCUGCGGGCCGUGGUGGAGGAUGACCUGCGCCUUGUGGUGACGCUUCUGGCCCAUGGCACCAAGGAGGAAGUGAACGAGACCUACGGAGAUGGAGACGGGCGCACAGCGCUGCAUCUCUCUUGCGCAAUGGCCAACGUGGUCUUCACACUGCUGCUCAUCUGGUACGGAGUGGAUGUGAAGAGCCGGGAUGCUCGGGGCCUGACCCCACUGGCCUAUGCCCGGCGAGCCGGCAGCCAGGAGUGCAUCGACAUCUUGCUGCAGCACGGCUGCCCCAGCGACAGCAGCGCCACUCUGACCCCCAGCCUGCCCCGCCGCAACGCCAAUGCCAACAACAACGCCUGCACCGCGGCGCCUCUUGAGUUCAGCACCAGCCCCAGCACAGUCUAGCCCUGCACGGGCCCUCUGGUCGCCACAGCUGCCCUCUAGCCCUGCCGGGGACCAGGGCCGCAGGAGUGGCUCUGAGAGCAGCACAGAUGGGCCCCCAUGGUGUUUGCCUGCACCAGAACCCCCAUUCCAGCCAGGAGGAGGCUGGGAGCCAGCAUCCUGCUCCUCUGCGCUGGUUCCAGCCACCUCUCGCAGACCCAAUGCUGGCAGCUUGUGGAGGAGCUCCUGCAUAAUCACUGGGGUGGCUCCAGUGCACCCCAUUCUCGUGACCGGUACAUGGAUGGGGAGGCAGUUUCUCCUGCCACCCCCAUCUGCAGAUAAAGCAGGGGCUGGGGGCAGUUCAGGUGUGUAGCUCUCCCCUGUGCAGCAGUACCAAGGAGGCUGACGGCUGCACCUGCGCCCUCAGACAGGUCUGUUUGGGCACUUUCCUCCUGCUCUCCCUCCAUGCUGGCCUCUCCACACCCCCCAUUGCAGUGAUGAGGUGGGGGGCAGCAGGAGGUGUGUGUUUCUCCAUUGCACCCCCAUGCUCCUCUGCUUGGGGCCGGUGCAGGAGGAAUGCACAUGCCGAUAUUGCUCCCCGUGUGCUGAUGCAAGGAUGGCAUCUCCCCAGCGCAGCCCCUGGACAAAGGCCUCCCCAGCCUCCCUGGUGACUUGGAGGGGGAGGAGGAUGGUCACCCCAGGAUCCCCAGCUCUGUCUGUCUGUCUGUCUGUAGAGUCACUGUCCUUCCAGGUUAAAGCUCCAAGCCAUACACAGUGUCUCCAUCAGAGCCUCCCGCUGGCUCCCGCUGCUGCCCAGGUGGGGCUGGUCUCCAGCUGAGCAAGAGGAGGAGAGGAGCAUCUCCCUUUGCAUUAGGGUCAAGCCUCUAGCUGAAUGCUGGAACCUCAAGGCUUUGGACACUGCUAUGGAAUGUCUCUGUCACUUGUGUAUAAAAUGUACAUUGGAAAUAUUUAUAUGGACACUCUGUAUAUAUGGUUUCUUUUCCAUGAGUUGCCCUGUGUGUGUUAUCUGCAGCCAAGGAGAUAAAGGCCAAUAAAGCAACCCACCUCCUGCCAGGCCAGAGUCUCAGUGUGCUGCCUUUGGGGCCUCCGAUGCAGCCCUGGUUUGCAGCUGGGUCUGGUGACUCUCCUGCCAACACUGACAAACAUUCAGCCUCUUCUCCUCCGGCUCGGGCUCUGGUAACAGCAGUCCUGUGCCAAACGAGGCCCUUGGGACACGACAGUGUGCUUAGGUGUGGAGGGGAGAUGUGCCGACCCUGGGCGCUGAGGUACAAUGCCAGAACGUGGCCCCAGAGGCAUGCACAGCUCUGGCAGGAUGGGAGAUGGGCACAGCAGAGGGUUGUGCUGGAGAGGGGACACGCAGGGCAGGAGUGCUGGGCCAGCUGGCCCCUGUGCACUGAGUAGCAAGUGUGAAGCUGGGACGGGGGAAGGCAGAGAUGAGCAGGGAGUGAUGGGCUGCCACAGCGAGCAAGGAGUCUGCUGUGGCUGCAGAAGACUGGGGAUCGUCGAGUCCCAAGGCACAGGCAGAGACCCCUGAGCAGUGAAGGCAACUGUGUGUCUGCUCUGCCAGCCCUGACUUCGCAUGCUUCUCAUAGCUGUGGGCAGAGCAGAGCCCCAGUGCUGACAGUUCUGGGCUGGCUGCACCCCAGGCCACAGCACAAACAGCAGUUCAGGGCUGCAGUGUCUCUGUGCUGGGGUCCAGGCUCUACUGGCCACAGGCCUUGGGCCCCAAGCCUGUGUGGCAGUGCUGAAAGAAAGGGAGGUGCCAGGACACCCCCAGCUGCCUCAGGUACCCUCAGAUGUCCCUGUCAAACCCCUGCUGCUUUUUCCUUGUGCCCCUCCCAUGGCAGAGGGCUGCCUUGCUGGGGGCUGCAGACGGUGGCCCCAGCCCCUCCACUCCUUGAUGUGUUCUGGCUGUGUGCGCCCAUGUCGUCACCCUCAUCCUGCUCCUGCUCCUGGUCCCCAGUUCCAGCCUGGCCCCUGCACCCAUGUCACCCCUCAUUCCCACCCCCUCGUGGUGCCCAUGGGUGCCCCCACACCGGCCCCGGCCCCAGCCCAGUGCUGGGUUUGGUUAAUUUCCUGGCGACUGCAUUAACGGGAAUGGAAGCCGAGGGACGGCAGCUCCUCUGGGGCCCAUUAAUCAUCCCCCUCAGACAAGCUGCCUUGAUUACAAGUGGCAAGAAAUUCAUUAGGGCUGCGGCUCUGACAACUUUUAUCUGCGCGGCUGGAUCUGACUCAUUAGGCAGCCAAAUUAAAGCCAUGAUGGGCCCUGAUGAAAUUCACUGCUUGUUUAUCUUGUGCGAUCUGAUACAUCUGCCCAUACAUCAUCUCCCGCGCGGGAUCCCGCCCUACCCAGCCCUGGCACCUCCCUUCCCAUCCCAGCCCUGCCCCAGGCCCCCAGUGCCCAGGCUGGACCCAGCUCUGACCCCAGGACAGCCCUGGCCUGCCCCCACACUGCUGGGCUGGGGCUGCGAGUGAUGACCACGCCGCCAGGAGCCACGCGGGGAUGGCUCUGGAAUCAAAAUACCCUGAAUUGGAAGGGGCCCACAAAGAUCACCAAUGUCCAAGGUCUGGGGCCACACAGCCCUGAGCAGCCCCCCACUGCAGUGCUCAUGGGGGUGCAGCCCCCUCAGGGCACCCAGAGCCCUAGCCAGGUUCUGCUGGCAGAGGCACUGGUGUGGGCACAGCCCUGUGGGGACAGGCAGGUGCCUUCCUGCUGCCCACAAAUUGCAAACAGGUGCUGAGGAUCCCGGUGAUGCCCUUUUGCUGGCACCUGGGGACAGAGAAUGCCACCAGAUCCCUGCAGGCUCUGACACCGUCCCAAGGAGCCAAAUGUGCCCUGUCCUGACUUGCCCCAGCCCAGCAUUACUCCAGUGCUGGAGCACAUCUGGGUGCCACGGUGACCAGUGUGGCUUCAGGUGGCCCUGGGCCAGGACAGGCUGAAUGAAGCAGGAGCUCCAUGCCCGUGUUCAGGAGCAGAGGUGUGUGUCUGUGUUCAGGGGCAGGAGCUGUGUGUGUUUAGGGGCACUGUGCCUGUUUUUCGGGGCACAGGUGUCUGUGUUCAGGCUGAUGCCAGGGAAGGCACAAGCCAUCCCUCUACUCUGCUGUAUACAGAAGACUGUGCCAAGGCAGCAGCAGUGGGACUGUCCCUGUGUUCCGUGGCCCCGAGCAGCACCAGUGACCGCUGCAGAUCCGUGCGUGGCAUGGAUCUUGUGGCAGCACCAUGAGGACCUUGCCCCAGGCAGCCAGCAGCACUCGCCAUCGAGCUGAGGCUGGAGCCAGGGGAGGGAGGUGGGUGCCCCAGCACAGGAGACAUGGGAUGCAGCCUCGUGCCUUGAGUAAAUCCACGGUCUGCAGCCUCAGUCUGGAAACCAGCCAUAACACAGGUUAGCAGCACUUCCCAGAGAGCCUGGGCACAGCCAGAAAAAGCCCCAGAGAGUACAACUUACAAUCGAAGCACUACAGACCUUCCUGCAGCCCCAGCUGAGCAGGCACAGCCUCCUGGGGAUCUGUAGGGCAUGGGGCAGCACCACCCACCCUGAGGCUGCUGGAAUCACAUGCUGAGCACAUGCAGAGAUGCUUUUAGGAGAGAUGGCCAGAGCAGAGAUCCUGCCACAGGGCUGUGCCUUCGUGUGUCCAGUCAGCCUUUCCUCUGGGGAAAAAGGCACAGGUGUGACAGUGUCCCAGCUCCCUUGGCCUGUGUUCACUAAGGUACAGCACCAACACACUCACUACAACACCUGCACCCUGUGCCCAGUCUCGGGUAUCAAGCCUGCAGACAACCACAGCACAGGCAGUCACAAAGCCCUGAGAGGAGUUCCACCCUGGCUGAUGGGGACACUGGACAAGCUGGCACAGGCUGCAGAGGAGUUGGGCAGUGGUCAGAGGGAGCUCACGACCCUUCCCAGAUUCCAGCCGUUGGGACAUUGUUUCUCUCUUGCCCAUUGUUUCUCUCCUGCACCUGAGCUAGUCCUGGAGCCACUGGCUAAUGAACAGCACCAGCACCUUAUUGUGGGCCAUCACAUCUUCAUACCAGCCCCUUGUCAGGGAAUGCUGAGGACCAGCUUUAUUGUGCUGAGUGAAUAAACACUCUGUGGGAUGCAGUCUCUGCUCCUUUCCCAGUUCUUUAAGAACCACCAUACAGGCAAACAAGUGGACAGGUUUGAGUAGGGAGAAUUCACUUGUAAAUGCUGAACUUGCCUUCCUUAGGGCAAAAUAAGUU